UGAAAUGUAUUUCACAUAACAACACUUCGUGCUUCUGUUGAAAACACAUUUGAUUUAAGAUAUUUUCGUCGAAUUUCACACAACACUUUCAAGUUUCGUGAAUGCAUUUCAGAAUUUAUGACUUAACCACGUCUUCCUCAAGAUCUAAACCAAUCACUUCUCUGGUUUCCAACUGAAGUGACAUACAACCGCUUUUGCUUAAAGUGGAAUUUGGAUGUGAUCGUUAACGGAAGACAUGCCAGUAACAGCUCAAGUAUGACACAUGUGGCGCGUUCAUCUAGGGAGAUAUUCCCUAAGAUCAGAAGGGGGCGAUAUAUGAUGAAAUUCCUUGUCAUGGUUAUCAUAUUAGUUGUUGCGAUCAAUGCGCCGUUGCCAGCGACUGCCGAUUGGGAAAAAGGCGACGGUGACUUUGGAACGCAGCAUGAGAAGGCAGGACGGGGACAUUUUGCGUUCGUUGAAUAUACCAUGUAUGAGAAUAAAGUCAAUUAUUCUGUAGAUCCCACUUAUCAUAGCCUGUAUAUGAGGCCAAUACACGAGUUGACGCACAUAAUAUUUGGCGACGAGUUGAAUAUACCAAGUGGUUAUACUACGACCGCGAAAAACUCGAGUUCUGUUCAGUUGGGCCCCAAGGUCCACUCCAAUCAAUGGAAAGAUUUGCUUGCCAAAAACAAAUUACUGAUCGUCUGGAUAUUGUUAAUUUUGUCUAUUAUCAUUAUCUUACCGUUUCUCGCAGUCUGCUAUUUUUGCUUUUGCUGCUGCCGUUGCCCCAACGUCUGCCCACCUUGUACACAUAGUUCGUAUGCUGCAAAGCGCACCUGCUGCAGCAUAUUGAUGCUGCUGCUGCUCCUGGGAAUACUAAUGGGAUUACUCAUAGCUUUCCUUAAUGAAAAGCUAAUACAUCGCGGGCUUCGAGAAGGCAUCGAGAACAUGCAUCGGCAAGCCGAAGACACGUGCCUAUUUCUGAAGGAUGCCUGUAAUCAUAUCAACCACUUGUUCGUUUACAACUUUGAAGAAUUGGAGACGAGUCUAACUGCUUCGAUAAAUGAGGCGGAUACCCAUAUAUUUAUGGACCUGUCCGACACCUCUAAUGUCUAUUCACUAGCAACUCUAGAACUUAUUUUUUCCUCCAUGCCGAAAGCAUUACAAUUAUUGAAAAAGGCGGAGAGCUUCAAGAAAUCACUUAUCUUUAAUAUCGCCCAGUACCGAGAUGCUUUGCGUGGUGUUAAGCGUGAUAUUACCUAUCUUCAUACGGUUUGGUGUGACUACCAAGAAUGCAAUAAUUUUAUUAGGGACAAUAAGAUUCCGAUGUGGGGUACUAAGGAAUGUCUGCACGUGGAUAAACUACCGAACAUAACUCGCUAUGUGGAGGCCAUUGAAGAUAUUAUAAAAAAGGAGGUGGUAGUAUCAGUAAGGAGAGGGCUAGAACGCUUUCAGAAAGUCGACAAAAUGAUCCAGGAUGUGAUAGAUCCGCAGAUUCCGCCAUUACUCACAAAGAUUAGCAGAGUGGGAGGUGCUGUCAAAGCACACGGCGAGAAUGUAUGCAAAAUCAUCAAUUCGAUAAUAAAUGAUAUUUAUUUUCAAAAUGCGCGCAUCACACAAUCGUUUGGUGAUUUCAACAAUACGUACGGACCUGAUCGGAAAAUAAUAAGCGUCAUCUUGUUUUUAUUAAUAUUUGCGAUUAUCAUCGUAAUGUUUGUUGCAUUUAUUUGUGGCUGUUGUAUUCGAAGAGAUAACACUGGAUACAAGUGCUUGUUACUGGCUAUCGCACUGAUAUUCUUCUUUUUAUCGCUCCUACUGCUCGCUAUGCUGUUUUACUUUAUAUUGGGAAUGAUAAUGUACUAUGGCGUGUGUUUACCGAGUACUUAUCAGGAGAAACAGAAUCUCUUCAAUGUGAUUGAACUUUAUGAAAGCGAACAAAAGGUUCAGGAGUGGUCAAGGUUAGCAAUAACAUGCAGGGAAAAUCAGAGCAUUUUUGAUGCGUUGCUUGAGUAUGAGUUAGUUGACCUGAAUACUAUUAGGGAUGACAUUGCGCGCAAUAUAUCUAAUGUCGAUGUGGCAACGGCAGUUCAAGCUGAUUUGAGCAAAGUAAAAAUCCUAGAGGAAAAGGAUAUAAUUAAGAUUACUAACGCGCAAAUCGGAAAUCUGUCGGAUUAUCAUAGCAGAUUAGCUACUGAUCAUUUGUGCACACAAAUAUCAACUAUUGAUAAUAUUGUGGAAUUUCGAAAAUACUAUUAUCAGUGGAAUAAAAACUUUUUCCACACACAGAAGCAUGAUAAAAAUAUGAACUACAGACUAUGGGCCACUUAUCCCAGCAUUUGGAGACUUGGGCUAGACUUAGACAACAUUAUACUGAUUGAACCAAAUAUAUUAAAAGACAUGGAGAAGUUUAAAUCCAGAUUGCUUUCAACUGACAAACUUAUAACAAGAAACGAUAAUGACUUUAACAAUACAAUUAAGGCGAUAAUGGAUUCAAUUUCCAAAGCAGAAGAAUUUAUAGUAAAUCGUGGCAGUGAUUAUAUAAAUACGUUAUUUGAGAAUCUAACGGAAGUGGUAAACGUGGAACUCAACAAUUAUGUUAACUAUUUGAUCAAAGAGAGUAAUACGAAUGUUGGACCCUGCCAAUCCCUUGCCUACAUGUAUCGGCACAGUGCUGAAAUGGUUUGCGAGCGUAUCGUCGAUCCCAUUAACGGAUUGUGGUUGGGCUUAUUGCUUUGCGCCUUGCUUCUUCUACCCCUCUUGUUUGUUGCCCAUCGGCUGCUAUGCCUGUACAGGGUACAUGGCCAUGGUAGGGCAGCUGGAGUUAUGUCGCUUAAUAGAGAUGGAGUCAACUGCCCGACCUGUACGGGAAUACCGUAUAAACCGCCAGCAGUUGUCAUCUGUGACGGCGGCCAGAAUGCCUACUGUCCCUGCCCCGACACUAAUAAAUCAGAUGGAAACGCACUCAAGAAAAAGCAAGCGUGAUGCAGAUAUAAGCAUAUUCCUAGAAUAUUGCAACCGAAUCAGGUUCGUCGUGCAUGUGUGUAAUGCAUCCACAAUCACAGGUUCUCGAUGCAUACAGACGGUUAUUCCACAACUGCACUGAACUACACUGAAAGAGAUUGAAAAAGUGCAGUGCGUGACAUUAUACAGAGUCAAACUCUAAUGCAUUCAAAAGAAAUUUAUCGAAAAGUGAACGAAAACCAAUGAAAUUUGGGACAAGAAAAAUCUUCGAAAAUAUUUAACAAAAUGUAUAUUAUAUGUACAACAGAAAUGAGAAGUCAAAUUAAAAUAAAAAUCAUAUUAAUUAAUUUA